GUGAAAAAAUAUUCAUACUGUGAUUGCACUCACUGUGCACAGACACACACACACACACACACACACGCAUAACUGAAUGCAUGCAUACAUGUUAGCAUGCACAAGCACACAAUAGAAAAGCUUACUACUAACUGUUAUACUGAUGAAUUUGAAUCUCUCAGUGUGGAUAACUGAAAGCGUACAUGAAUUGUUCUUAUUUUGCUCUGUAUUUGGUUGUAAGGAAAAGAAACGAGCUACAGAUAUUAUGGGGAGAUGACACAUCAAACGUUUAUUUGUUAAGUUCAUAAGUUGAGUCUAAACACGCCUUAAAUUAGUCAGAAAGGUUGGUGUGAAGUUGCAGAUUUAGUCAACGAGGAAAGAAUGAAUUGCGUAUGAAGGACAGAUUUAUGUUAUGUAAUGUCUUAAUGUCAACCUGUUGCCGUAUUUGUUAUUUCCCAGUGCCUAUCUUGUUAUUAGGAUUCUGUGAUCUUUUGUUGAGCUACGAACCCUACACACCUGUCUGAGUCGGGAUGCAUGCUUAGAGUCAGUUGCUGAUCCAUUGGCCUGCUGUACCAACACAGUUUCUCCACAAUAAACCCUUUCAAACUGUACCAAACCUCUUGUAGAGUGAUUACAAUGUCAGGGGAAAAUCAUUCUCUGUGUGGGAAAAUCCUUUUCAGGACAUGAAAAGAGAUCUUAUAAACAGCAAAAUUGGUUCUAGGUUACCUCAAAGAAAUCUUUUAAUGACUAAACAGUGGUGGCUGAAAGUUAAAAUAUUGAGAUCUUUUAGUGAAAAUGAAACUACUGAAAUACUCCAUUACAAAUAACUCAUACGUAGAUAAUUGUACUUAAGUAUUAGUACAAAAAUGUUAGAAGCAAAAUGCACUUUAGGUAUUAAAAUAAAGGUACUCAUUAACUUAGAGGGUUAAUUAUAUAUUUAAUGAGAUAUUUAAUACUGAUUGAACCACCAGAUAAUUUUACCUACUGAAGUUCACACGAUAAGUUAAUAAAUGCAUCAUUUCAGUGUCAAUUCAUCACAACGUUGAUGAAGUAGAAGUAUGGAGUAACAGAAAAAAUAAAGUAAUGAAUUACAGUAGGUUUCUUUGUUACUAAAACCAACAGAAAAUAAAACAUUUUUUCCCCGGUAUAAACUGACGACCUACUCCCGCACGGUUGAGGGCGGCCAUGUACUGAAAGCUGUUUGCCAGUCAUCAUGAAUGAAACUCAGAAAAAGAAGAAGAGGCGCACUAUAGCACAAUGAUUUUUCCUGAUGACAUCUAAACCAAAGGCCCAGUUGGCACCCCUGCCAUGGACAGAGAUCCUUGCAUACUGGCUGCUGUCCUUUGGCUCUCAUCUGUACUCCUUCUACCAACUGCACAGGUUCUCCAAAGAGCAUGAAGCAGGAUUACUGAGAGAGUUCCAGUUGGAAAAGGGCCUUGUUAAGGGUUUUAAAAGGGAUCCAUCAGACUUCGAGUGGAAUUUCUGGACUGAAUGGGCUAAGAAGUCUUUACUGUGGACUCUGAUUGGUCAUGGCGUGAUAUCGAGAUUGACCAGCGUCUUUUGCCCCAAGUUUAGAGUGCCAGCAAUCACAAUAUAUGGCCUCCUGGCAGCAAGCAGUGUGUUGGGGAUUAAAGGUGUGAGUGUGCUGCUGGUACAUCUGGGCCUGUCCUUUUCAGUGGCCCAACUGCGAAAGCCGGCUCUGUCAUGGGCCUGUAACCUGCUGCUGCUCUCCACACUUCACAUCCAACCACUUGAACAGAUCCAGAGAGGCUGGUAUAAGACCGAGGAGGAGUACUAUCUGCUACUCUUCAGUGUUGCUGUCUGUGGUCUGCGCUUCAUCAGCUUCAGCCUGGAGCAUUGCUGGUGCCCUCUAGACCGUGGUGGAGUUGUGCAGCUCUGUUGGCUGUUUUCAUACACCUUCUAUCAUCCUUUAUUCUACAAUGGACCCAUUAUCACAUACAAAGACUACAUUGAGCAGAUGCGGAGGCCUGCUGAGGAGAGUGACAGGGGACUAUCUGCUUUUAGUUACUUGGUGCUCAGAUCAGGACGGAUCAUACUGUGGUGGUGCACUGCAGAAUACAUGAUCCAUGUCAUGUACAUGCACUCCAUUCAGUCUAAUGAGACCUACUUAGAAAUUCUUCCUCCUUGGGCCUUGGGCGGUCUGGCCCUGGCCCUCGUCCAGUUCUUCUUUGUGAAGUAUCUGGUACUGUUUGGCCUUCCAUCCAUGCUGGCUACUUUGGAUAAACUUGUUCCCCCAAAGCUUCCUCGUUGUGUCAGCAUCAUGUACAGUUUCACAGGGAUGUGGAGGCACUUUGACGAGGGCCUGUAUCGAUGGCUCAUCAGAUACAUCUAUGUACCACUCGGAGGUUCACGGCAUGGUCGUCUUUACAAAAUGUUAUCCACUGGCCUUGCAUUUGGAUUCGUCUGCCUCUGGCACGGUGGCCAUGACUACUUACAGUACUGGGCCCUGAUGAAUUGGGCUGGAGUACUGGUGGAAAAUGGACUGAAGUCUCUCUUUGCCUCAUCGUUUAUUCACUCCAUUGUUGAGCAGAAUUUCUCUGCGGCGAUGGAAAGGCGUUGCAUAGCCCUUCUCUCUGCCUUCUCCACUGCCAUGCUCAUCCUCUCUAAUCUGGUGUUCCUUGGAGGGAUACAUGUUGGCAGAAUCUUCUGGAAGCGUGUCUUCAUUCAAGGCUGGUCUACAAUGGCCCCACCCAUGCUGGCUUUCCUCUACUGCUUUGCUCAAAUUGGACUCGAGUGGACCUCUCAGCCACCAUGAGUCACCUUGACUUUGUAUCGAAGUUAGAAUCCCUGCUAUCGGACAACCAGAACAACCGGCUGAGUCCAGUGCAUUGUCUUCACCAGUCUGUGGCGAACCUGGCUCGUAGCCACAGACCAUGUGCAAACCUGGCUGAAGUACAGCUGAGCAGCCACUUUUCACAACCUGCAAGACUGGGCAAAAACUGUCUGUAAGCUAAGACUUAAAGGAUCAGUGUUGAUUCUUUCUAAGGAGAGACUUUCCUGUACUGGAAAGUGCACACAAACUGGAAUAGAAUGAGUUUAAAGCUGUAAAUUCAGUGCAGUGUCGAGUUUUCUACCCAAUAAGCCUCACUGAAUCACUUUUAUUUCUGAGAAAUUAUAAAAUAAAAUAUGGACCCUCAAUAUGCCUUGGUUAUGACUCUGAUAAGGUAUUGCUCAGUGGUGCAGUAAGCUGGAGAAAUGUUAAUUUAAUAUUUACCGUCCUCCUUUAGCUCGCCACAAAAGCAGUUGUGUAUUCAGAAGCAGACAAUAGGCACAGAAACUGAAUAGAGCAGCAGGAACCUGAUCAAUCUCAUUAUUUCCUCUACAAAUGUAAUUUGGACAAAGUAGAAUGGCACGAAUAUUAGUAGAUGUAUUGCUGAAAUGCUUUAGAGAGACUACACUCUAGCUUUUAAUUCAACACAGUAACAAUGGUAGAUGACAUUUAUCCACUGGAAUGCAGAGCAAAGCUAUUUUUGGAGCAAGAACGUAAAAAAAACUACAAGCUGUAGCUUUUUUUUAUGUGUUUGAUAUAAAACAUCUCGUACCUCCAAAAUGUCAACUUUACAUUGACUCAGUUCAUGUUUGCAUUAAAAGCUUGUAUUUGAAGUUUCAUGAUUACGAAUAUACAUCCACCUAUCCAUGUGAAAAUAGAUAUUAUGAGUAAUUCACAGUUUCCCUGUUCAGUCAGGGCAAUGUGGAUGCUCGACUACAUUGGGAGUUUUUGAGUAUGUUGAAGGGGUUAACCUACUCCCCCCAUAGAUUGAAAGAACUCCUUUAACUAAACUAAAAUCUUGUUUAUCAUCAACUUCAUCAAAAAUUGAGUCAUAAAACUCUUUCAGAACUCUAACUUUUCAGGAACAGAUUUAUUUUAAGCUUGAUGACUUUAUACAGAGAGUUUCAAAGCAGUUCUGUGAAUAAUGUUAAAGGAUAAGGCUUAGCUGUAAUUCUGUAUUUUUCUCAUUGCCAACAAAUCCUGUGAAAAGACCAAAACCAACAAUGUGUUAAGUCUGUUUCUCAAUCUUUUCUGACUUCCCUAUCCUGCCUGGGGCAGCCCCAAGUUCAUUCACUCCCACUUCUCCUAAGACACUGAUCUUUAAAAAUAGGUAAAAAAUAUAAAGUUUAAUUCAAUUUAAGUAAAACAGCUGGGCAUUCUAGUUUUUAGCAAAUGUUACUCAAACAGGAGUAAAUAGUGCGUUUGUUGGACUAUGUUCAGCUGAGGAUUAAUACAAAUUUGGUGCACUAGUGAGUAUGUACACAACCAGGACAGUGUUAUGAUCGAGUCAGUGUAAGACAGUAUUUUUGGAAAAUGGAGUUGUAUGGCACAGAGGAAUAAAUGAUAUUUGGCUUUCACAACACAGACUAUACUCAGUGAGAUCAUCUCAAUUGAGUUAUGGCUUCAAUUUGUUGUUUUGUCAAUUCAGUUUAUUGCUUUUGGUUUCCUGGGAUUUGUUCCAUUUCUGGUUCUGCAACUUGCAAACUUGUAAGCAUUAAUCACUUAACCAUUUAGUUAAUCACCAGAUAAUGAAUUAUUAUAAUAAAUGAUUUGAGCAAAAAUGCAGAAAUGUAUGUAUCACUAAUAAAAAUAAACGUUCUCUAUUGAAGUGAAGACAUGGAUGACCUGGGGAGAAAAUGCCUCUUAAAAGUAAGCUGCAGUUUAGUUUUCACACCAACUGUAUAUAAAUCAAAUAUAUAUAAAUAUAAAUAAUUCUUGAUAAGUUACCCAUGUUGGAAGUGUUUUUUUUUUUUUUUUCAUUUCAGAUUUGCUCUGCAAUCCAGCACGGUUUGACUAGUUUGUCACCAGCUUAUAAAGGCCAGCUUCAUGUAGUAGGAGCUGUCUUAAAAAGCGUAUCUGUACCUUUUUUUUGUCUUUUGAGCUUAGAAAGUCUGAUAUGGUAAAAACAAUCAGAUCCUCUUACUAUUCACAGUGCACAGCAAACAGCUGUAGGGUAUGGCUUCCGAGAAGAUUAAUUUAAGAAUUGGUGAAUAAGUCAGAAGUGCCAUUGCUAAGAUUCAUCCUUAACAUAAAACCCUCACAUUGCCUUUCGUCCUCUGGUUGUUUAUUGUCUUACCACAAUUCACUAUUCCCUAGAUGUAUGUUCAGUUUCUCAAUCAGGGAACUGCGUUAUCUGCAUGGGUCUGUGAUUUUGAGCUCGAUCAGUGGUGAAUAAACACUUAGAUUAAAAGUACAGUGUAAUCUGAAGUCUGUUCUGGUGAGCCUCGAGUGUUUCCAUUAGUUGAUUUCUGUUUCAGGAUUAUCACAGCCCGAGUGGCAUUAAGUAGGAUCAGCGUGAGCAGGGGGUCAGCGAGGAAUCCUCUUAAAUGAGCACAAAACUGUGAGGUUUAUCUGACGUAAGAAGAUCAGCAGGAGAAGACACCUGCUGAGUUACACCUUCUUAGAGAAGUGCCCUUAUCACUGGCAGGGGAGCUAAAACACAAAGACUGACAUUUCUCACAGGUCAGAAUGGACGCUAUACAGCACCCUAAAGAGAACAACAGACAGGUUACAGUAUGUAUAAAAUAUUUAUUAUGAAUCGUACAGUAUGUAACAGUUCAUAACAAAGUUUCCAUUGUGCUUGUUACAUUUCUCAUCACAUGACGUGUGAACAUGGAGGCAUGUGCAUAUUACAUAAAUCAUACAGCAAAUUCAAACAUUUCUCUUACUUAAAGGGUACCUAUUGUGCCAGCUUUAUAUUUUAUUCAGGGACUCCACUAGAGUAGCUUUACAUGAUUCACAGUUAAAAAUAAUUAUUUAUCGUAUCAUGGCCCUUUAUCCAGCCCCUUAGUACAUCCUCAGAACACCCAGGUGGCGCUGGAAUAGGCACCAGAACCGGAGCCAGGCGAGUGGGCAACGGAACCCGCCCUCGGAGACCAACAGAGGCCAAUUUGGAGACAGACAAACCUCUUCCUGCCACCGGUCCAAAGCUCCCAGUCUGAGAGAGACAGAAAUAGCUAAAUCACUAUCUGCAUGGAUACCUAAGCUAAGUAGCUAACAGAAGUUACAGUUAGCAGUUAGCUUUACUUGUUGCUAAAGUAACUGCUAACUGUCCAACUUUCCUUCACAACCAAAAAAGACAUUCCUGUGAGACAUACUGAACAACCUCCAAAAACUUGUAGAGUAGUCCUGAGCAGAGUGGUCGAAUAACUGAGCAGUUGGAUGGACGCAUCGCUGUACUUUGUGGGCUAUGCCAGGAGCAGAUGACCGCAUAAAGAAAUCUGCAAGGAGCCAACAACAGCUUCAGUAGUCUGAAGCCUGAGCUUUUUGCUCACAGGGAUUGCCUCCUUAUUUGAAACUUUGGCCAUAAGCAAAAGCAUAAUAGGUCCCCUUUAAGAAUCUUACAUUGCAAUAUAAUUUGUGCAUAUAUAUAUAUAUAUAUAAAUAAAUAUGUAGGGUUUUAUAACUAGGCAGCUUUCUAGAGCUGACCACAAAAAUAAUUCUGUGUUCAAAUCGUUUCAAAGGAGCAACAGUAAUUUGGAUAUUUAACACUGCGUUUCUCACUGCAGGCCUGAAAAUGGGCGAUAUGAAGGCACAGUGUUGCAUGCUUCUCAGUAGUAAUCAGAGGUAAUGACUUUAAUAAUAUCAGGGUA